CAUUUACGCAGUGUGAAACCCCUAUUUCAUCUCAAACGUCACCCCCACUGAAACAACAAAACCCUCUUUCCAUUUACGCCGCGAAACCCCAAUAUCCCCUCAAACUUCACCUCCACUGGAACAACAAAGAGAAAGGCAGGAAUGAAAAUGUACAAAUCAAGAUUGCAGGAACUCUGCCAGAGAUGGAGCUGGGAGUUGCCGGAAUAUAAAACUGCCAGAGAUGGUCCCGCUCACAUGCCUAGCUUCACCGCCGCUGUAACUGUACACGGCCAGGUAUUUGAGACUCCAUUGCAAUGCAAGUCUACUAAAGAGGCACAGAACACCGCUGCUCGGGUCGCGUUUGAGUACUUCACCACUCUUCCGCGGCCUCCGCUGCAAGCUCACCAUGCGCCUGAUGCUUCGCUGCCUGAAUUGCAGCCGGUUGCUGCAGUUCCUCAGUCACUUCCUCUUUCUUCACUUUCUUCGCCUCGUCCAAUCCCUCCUCCUGGUACUAAAGUUGUGUACAAGAACCAACUGCAGCAAUUUACUAUGAAGAACAACCUUGGUCUCCCCAUGUAUAAUACCGAGACUGAGGGCCCUCCCCAUGCUCGCCGUUUCAAGUCAAGUGUCUCUGUUGGGGGAAAAUCAUUCGUAACAGUGGAAUUUUUCUCCACACUGAAGGAAGCCGAACAAGAGGCUGCCAAAGUAGCUUGUCAGGAGUUAUCUGUCGAUGUGACUCAAAAGGCUAAGGAUGGAGUUUCUUACAAAAAUUUGCUGCAAGAACUUGCUCAGAAAAGGGGUUUUUUGUGCCCAUCAUACGAGACUGUCCAAUCAGGAUUUCCCCAUUGUCCUCUAUUUGCAUCCACAGUCGAGGUGGGGGGUCGUACAUUUCGAGGGGCUGACGCCAAAAACAAAAAGCAGGCAGAGUUGAAUGCUGCUAGAGAUGCUUAUUUUGCUCUUACUGAGAGUGAUACAGCAACAGGAUACUCAAGCAUGCCAUCCAUUAGUGUAUGUGCUGAUGCUGAAAGUUCCUCACAGAAUAUUGAGGACAGCACAACUACUAAAGGCUGCCAAGAUGCAACAGCUGAAGCUCAUCAUCUACAAGCAAAAAGAGCCAAAUAUACACAUGGAGGCAUGAAUGCCAAUGAUGAUACUAAUGCUCCACCAGGUUCAUCAGAAGGCAAUUAUCGAUCAGAUGAUUCGACUUUGAAUCCCAAGCCCGUUUGUGAGCAACCAGUUGAAGAAAGGCCCGGUCUCUGCUCGAACACUGUUGUUUAUCCGUGCAAAGUGAACCUGCCAAAGCUCGAAUCAGCUUCCGUAUUGCCCUUUAGUGAUGACUGAUGGGUCGCGUAUAAAGUUGAGCAAGACCAUGAACGAACUCAACAUAUUUGCUUGUGAACAUGCUCUCACUGAUAUAUAAAUCAGCAUGCUAUUUCUAGGAUAUUAUGAUUACUUUGGUCUUGUUUUGCAUUUGGCGGUUAGCUGUUAGGUCUUAGCUGAUUUAUGUAGCUGUUUUCACCAUGGAAUUGUAUUAACUGUUAUGACAAGUUGACAAGCUGAUUGUCUUGGCGGUUUUUAUUGAUGUUGAACUAAUAAUUAUUUAGAAAAUGCAAAUUAUUUAUAUUUUAAA